AUGCUGUUCGCUCCAGCUCCAUGCUUCUCGCGGGCUAGCUGGAGCAGAGCAUCUGUCGGUCGAGCAGGGGUGCGAGGGAUUCUGCGAGCUGAGACGCCAGUCUCGCGUCUUAGUCCUGCCGGAUCGCUGGAAGACGUCAGAGGAGCAUGGCGAAGGAGGACGCUGCUGUCUCGCUUCCUCCUCAUCCUCCUAUCUUACUGGACAACCAAACAAGAUUGCCAGGCUGAUCCCUGGGGACAGGACGGGAGUCUUGUUCGCAUCCCCCUGCAGGUUUGCGAUGACAGCUACUGCAUCUUCUUCAACAUCAACGAUGCAGGCCCCUUCCGUGCUGUGGUCGAUACAGGAUCUCCAUUCUUCACUGUUGCCGGUUCAUGCACGCAGCGCUGGGGAUGCUAUAAGGGUCAGGGGAGCGACAGCGGGUUGGCGCCGACCUACGAGGUGUGCAUGGUCUACACUGCUUCAUUCUUGAGCCAAUCUGUCAUCAAGGUCUAUGCAGCCAAGGAAGGAGAGGCAAGAAUAUCCUUCCUCAAUGCGACAGGUCCAGGAGCAGCGUUUGCUGGAGCUGUCCGAGGUGUCCGGGGCGGGAUCCCGCUGGUCUUCGGCGUGCUGAGCGACGUGCUGGUCGCCCGGCCCGGGGGAGUUUUCUUGGGGCUCAUCAAGGAGCGGGAGGACGAUAUCCGGCCCACGUUCCUGGGACAAACUGACUUCACUUCCAUGCAGAUCGAUCUCUCUACCUCCAAGAGUCUGGUCCUCUCGACGAGGCCACUCAUUGCGCGUGGCCAUUCUCUCAUUCAACUGCAAGAUCUGCGUGUGUUCGGAGAUCCUGUGCAGCAUUACGCUUGCCUGGCAAACUCGAUGACUGUCAACGGAUACAAACUUGACUUUGGCGAUGACCCUGUAUACACGAUAGUUGACACCGGAACAACAGGGCUGACAAUGUCGAGGGAGCUCUACGAGGAGAUAUUGUUCCUGUAUGCAAGCAAGAAGAUCAGCAGCAAGGCUCGCCUGUGGAAGAAAGUCUCAGUGAGCCUGGAGGGCACGGAGGGAGGAGUGGAGAUCGAGGCUCGCAACCCCAUCACCACACCCGUCGACAUCCCAUGGCCCAAGUUUCGAUCCCGGCUGCUCGUGCUCGGGCUGUCCUUCAUCGAGGGGACUACCAUCACUUUGGAUCUGAAGCAGGGAUACAUGAGCAUUGUGGACAAACGGCAGACAACAAGACUGCAGCCAGAUAUGCCGAAAACAAUUUAA